AUUUUGUGCACGUUGGUACCUCCCUGAGCACUCGCGGCACAGUGGAGUGAGUGCAGGUGUUUUGCAUAAGGGAGCCACUCGCUUUCUCCGUCAGUGUCAGACGCUACCUGUAGUCAUGAGUGACCAGGUGGCUGCCAUGUGUGAGCAGCUUAUCAAAGCUGUGAAUGCGAUGAUGGACGCAGAAACGAGCCAAAUUUACCGACUGGAGGCCCUGAAGGUAGCAUCGUUAUGGGUUGCUAGCUAGCUACCAGCUAACUGAGCUUGUCAUAUGAAAAUCGAAACUUGUGCAUGUGUAGCUGAGUUGUCAGUUUGUUAGCAGAGGGCUAAUAGAGACAGUAAUGCUAAAACAGCGUGUUUGUUGAGACAAGAUUCGCUUUAUCUAUAAUGAUGAUGAUGCCUUGAGUGAGCCGGUGUGUCCCGAUUAUCCACUCACCACCACGUUCAUUGUCACUCCUUUUCAUUCAUUCAUACAUGAAAGUGUUGACAUAUUGUAAAGUAUUAAUGUAAUAUGGUCAAAGGUAGUAUCAGCUUGAUUUAACAGAGAUGUACAGCUCUCCAGUGGAACCGAUGGGCUAGCUGGAGUGGCUACUUGGGUGCUAAGCUUUAUGCUGUUAAAGUGUUGAAUAGAGUUGCUAAGGCAUCUGAUGCUAGGAUAUUUUACUCAUGAACGGUAAUAGUAAGUAAUCUGCGCUUGUUCUAAUGUUACCUCAAACAGUUUAUUCCGUCAACUUCGUCUUUCUUCACAGUUUUGCGAAGAGUUUAAAGAGACAAGCUCCCUCUGUGUCCCAUGCGGCUUACACUUAGCCGACAAAAACCAGCCAGCUGUUGUCAGACACUUUGGUUUGCAAAUCCUGGAGCACGUCAUCAAGUGAGUGUAACCGCAGUGUUAUUGGAUUUAACAAAACAAACACAAAAAAUGACAAUCAGAGUUGCAUAUUUGAAUGACAAUUUCAUUUUGUUUCAGGUUCAGAUGGAACAACAUGCAGCAGCAAGAAAAAGUCCAGCUAAAGGAGUGUGCCAUGCAACUGUUAGCAAAUGUAAGACGAAAAGUGACAACAUUAACAGAUUUAUAUGGCUCUAGGGCUGGGCGAUAUGGGGAAAAGUUUAUCAUGAUAUAUUUUUUCAUAUAAGUCAUAUCAUGAUAUAAAAAAUGAAAUUCAACAGUGCUUAUUGGCAGCAUGUCUUUUGCAAUACAAUAAGCUACUGCAUCUGUGCUACUGCUACUACUCAGUUGUUUGCUACCUGGUUCUAAUUGAGCACAUGAUUGGUUCAGCGUGAAGCGGACCCAGAGCAACUCCCCUUUUCAUUGGCUGUUCGUAUUGUCUACCAAAACAUGGCAGAAUGCCGACUAUUGAAAAGCAUAUUGACCGUAUUUUAUAUUGAUAUUGAGGGAAAUUAAUUUUCAAUAUAUUAUCAUUUUAUCGCCCAGCCCUAUAUGGCUCGAAUGAAAACAUUGCUCUGUUUAUAGUUGUAUCUAUGGAUCUGUAAUUAAUGCCAGUGUUAUUUCCCACCAGGGUACUCAUUCUAUCCUGGAGGAGGUGAGCCACAUCAAAGAUGUCCUGUCACGAAUCACAGUCGAAAUGAUAAAGAGAGAAUGGCCUCAGCACUGGCCAGAUAUGCUGAAAGAGAUGGAGGCUCUCACCAGUCAAGGAGUGAGUAACAUAUGAAAUGCUGGAAACAGUCUUUUACUUCGUGUCAGAUCUUGUACUUUCCACCCACUUUGUAUUUGAAUACUAUUGUGUAAUCCCUCACAUGCAAAUAAGCACCAGAUCAGGGAAAGUCAUUGUUAUGUGAUGUCGUCAUGUCACAUUUGCAACUUUCGGAUCAGAUAGUCAUCUUUCAGGAACUAUGAGCCCAUAAAACCUGUCAUGAAAACCUGUUUUUGUUUUGAAGUUGUACAAAUCAAAUGUGUCAAAAUGAUAUUUAAAAAACAUUUGAAUGUAAUCUUUCUGUUUGUAGGAGGCCCAGACUGAGCUGGUGAUGUUGAUCCUGCUCAGGCUGGCAGAGGACGUCAUCACCUUCCAAACGCUGCCCACCCAGCGACGCAGAGACAUCCAGCAGACACUCACACAAAACAUGGAGAGCAUCUUUGGAUUCAUGAUGGCCAUUUUGCAAGCUAACGUCAAAGAAUAUCGCAGAUUGGUCAGUGGUUUGCUGAAGUCUGUUAUUAUCCUGGUUUGAUUUAUUAUGUAUUUAAUAGAAGACAAAUCUAAUAGAGGGGUUGCUUCAGAAAGAUUGAUUUGUGUUUAUUUUAUUUCAAUGCAGAAAGAGUUACCGGGACAUGAGCUACAGGUGAGAAUACAUCCAUCACUCAUCCUCUUACAAACUUAAUCUGCCUCUGUGUUACUCUCCUCACCCCUGUUUGUUGUUUUUUUCCCCUCACACACAGGCCAGAGCUCACUGUCGUGUCGCUGUUGCCACCUUGAAUACACUUGCAGGCUACAUUGACUGGGUUUCUCUGGUUCACAUCACAAGUGGAAACUGUCACCUGCUGGAGAUGUUGUGCUUACUGCUGAGUGAGCCGGAGCUGCAGCUGGAAGCGGCCGAGUGUCUUCUCAUCGCUGUCAGCAGGAAGGCAAGUUGUGGGUUAAGAGAAACUGUGUAGAUUUAGAGCAAUAGUGCUACCAUGUGAGUUUUUAUUUAAAGGGAUAUCCCUGCAUAAAAUGAAUUUAGGGCCGUAACACCGAAUUAGACACCCCAUCGAGAUAUGAAUGUUGCCAUCUUGCUUUCUAGUUAUACCAACUUUAGUAACGACUGCAGAUAGCAAUACACAGCGAUCUCAGGAGCAACGUGCUUAACAAAAACGCCACUCUAUAGCCACAAAUAAUGCUCAGAACUAAACACAACUCACCCACUCUCUUCCAGCAGCCGCUUGUUGUACGGCGAGUCCAUCACCAUCACAUGAUCGUUACUUUAUCAUUUCCUUGAAGUAAUAAUCAUAAUAUUAAUCAUUUUGCACUGCAGACGCGGUAGUUCUUGUGCCUUAGCGUCUCUGUCUGAUUGGAUUUCCAUGAAGAAAUGAUCAUAAAUGUUCUUCCUUGAGCUGUGUCACCCCACUGUAGUCUGUAAUGGACUGGCCAUUUCGUGCGGUCGUCACUAAAGUUGGUAUAACUAGAGAACAAGCGGUCGGCAACAUUCAUCUCUUGACGGGAUGUCUAACUCAGUGUUACGUUGUGUUUGACCCUAACUUAAUUUUACACCGGAAUAUCCCUUUAACACUUACUUUAGCUCAUAUUUCCUGAAUGGAGUAAUUUUUCUUUGACUUUCUAGACAAACGUACCCAUUCAAAAUCUUUUAUUUCAAACAAAACCUGACAAGUGUCAUUUAUUGAGAAGAAGUUGUAUAUUUUGAUCGAGGUUAUGACCAGCUCAGCAACACAAAAUUCAUUUGUAACGGUUAAAAUUAUAGUUAUUUAUAGCUGUAAAGCCAAUCUAAACAUCCCGUGUGCAUCUGGUCAGAUUUAUUUACCUAUUAUUGCAGAGCUGAGAUGAGUCAUGCUGCAGUAUGCUCAGUAGAGUAAGAUGAUAUUUGCAUGAAAAACCAGUAGUAAGCCAUUUUUAAUCAAUGGUCCUCUCGCUUCAGGGGAAGCUGGAGGAUAGAAAACCAUUCAUGCUGCUGUUUGAUGAUGUGGCCAUCCACUACAUCCUCUCUGCAGCACAGUGAGUACUCCUCUUCAUCAUCCCUCCUCACAGGCGUCAACCAGAUAUUGCCUCUGCCACUGAUUGGUUCCUUGUCUGUAUGAUUUCAGGUCAGCAGAUGGACUCGCAAUACGUAAGAAAUCUCCUGAAUCACAGUGAGUCAUUUGAAGUAUCUUGUUAGGAAAAAAGUCAUAAAAAUAAGUCAUGUGAAGUUUAAUCAGACCGGCUGUGGCUAGUUGUUCAGUCUAUAUUGAUGUGUUUUUAGAGCAGUGGAGGUGGUGGAGCGGAGUUACGUCUUUUUAAAGAGGCUGUGUCAGGUCCUGUGUGCUCUCGGAGGCCAGCUCUACUCACUUGUGGUGAGUUUAAGAUAAGUCUUAAAGUGGUUUUGCACCUGGUCUCUGUGAAUUUUUCAUGGUUGGUCAAUGGGGAAUAUUACAUUCUUCACCCACAGGGCUCAGACGUCGAGGUGGAGGCACCUGCCAAUCUCAGCAAGUACAUGGAGGCCCUGUUAGCCUUCACUAUACAUUCCAGUCAGGUGAGAUGAGACCUUUUCUGCAAACCUCAUUUGAAGCAGUAGAAUAUUAAUACUUUAGUGAUAGCUGUGGUGUGACGUCUCUUCUUUUGAUGCAGUUUUUAAAAUCGUCUACUCUGGCUACUUGGGGAGCUCUGUUCAGACAUGAGUCUCUGUCCAAGGAUCCAGUUGUUGUGGAGAUGGCAACCAAAUACGUCAGAGCAUCAAUGAUCAACCUGGUCAAGGUGAGACACAGACCUCAGCACCAGCAUCUCCACUAAAUCUGAACUUGGUGUUUCUAAAGGUUCGUCUCUUUCUCUGCAGACUGGUUUUCCAUCCAGAGACGAUAACCCGAGCUGUGUGUAUUCCCGUGUGGACUUUGACAGUGAUGAAGACUUCAAUUCAUUCUUCAACUGUAAGUGUUAUAGUCCUGGGUUUACUUCACUGCAGAUCUGCUCUUCUUAUCCUUAUCUCCCUCAAUGGAUUUUUUGUGUUGUAUGUGCUUUUCAACAGCUUUUCGAGCCCAACAGGGGGAGGUAGUGAGAAGUGCAUGUCGCAUUGUUCCUCUGGAGGCUUUUCGGAUCGCAGCAGAGUGGUUACAGUAUCAGAUCUCUAGUCCUAUUGACCCUGGAGAUACCACAUGUGAGUGUUUGUCCUCAUUCUUGGCAUAUCAUCACAGAGACAGAUUUCUACUUGUUAGGAGAUGUGUUUGGAUUUUUCUGUGCAUUUGUGGACGAGUAAAAAUGAAUAGUAUGUGGCCAUAUGACACUGACUCAGAUUACCAAUUUGAUAAGAUUUCUAUGUAAGAGUAAACCCCACUUUUUGCAGCAGACUUAGACCAAGGCUGCAUGAGGAAAUGGUUGAACUCUUUUGACGUUUCACUUCAAGGAACUCAUUUGACUUAGCUUGUAAGUUUCUCACUUUCGAAUUUCAUCUGCGUACUAUCAGCAAAGACAGCUGAGGGCCUGUGCUCGCUCCUGUCUCCAUCUGUGGUCCACUGGGAUGCAAUGACCAUCUUCAUGGAGUGUGUGGUCACACAGAUCUUCAAAAGUCUGGAAGAGGAGGUAAAAGAUUAGAGUAAUAGAUUUAAAACCAAGUGUUUCUCUCGAAACAUCGUCAUUUAUUUGAAGUUCUGCUCUUGUUUCUGUCUCUUGUUGAGUAGAAGCUGCAUGUAGAUCAAGGCAUGGAGCUGCUGCAGGCUGUGCUGAACUUUGAGACCAAAGACCCGCUCAUCCUGUCCUGUGUGCUCUCCAACAUCUCUGCCCUCUUCCCAUUUGUCAUAAGGAGGCCGCACUUUGUGCAACCGGUCCUCUGCAAGGUCAGCUGAGUCACCUUGGGUCACUGAAGUUUGUCUGUGUGCUUUUACAAGACGUGUUUUUAACCGUAAUUACAUACAGGAGUAUGGGAAAGAGUUAAAUCCAAUUCUUUGUUGGUUAGAUGUUGUGAUUAUUCAGUCUUUAUAGAGUUGUGGAAGAUAUUGGAGUUUAAAUUCUGGUCAAAUCAUAAGCGAAUUGGGUCUGGAGAAUGUCCUAAAAGUACUUCCUUUGAUAAAUGUUUUUGCUUUAGUCUGAAAAAAUGCUACUCUUCAGUUUAAAAAAUUCAGUUUAUUGAAUUAUUAGCACACUCUGUGCUGCUCUGUCUACAUGUAAGAUAGAAACUAGUGUGUAUUUCUCAUUCACAUUAACCUUACAGUGCUCUCCUCUUGUCCCUUCAGCUGUUUAAAUCCGUCACAUUUGAGGUCAGUCAGGAUAAUAAGGUGAGUUAACAUCACAGGACCAAAAAAUGUUUACUUUGACUCGCUUUUCAUGCUCAAGACUCACAAGUUUAUACUCUCUAAUCGCUGCCUUCAGGCUCCUCGAACCCGAGCGGUGAAGAAUGUGAGGAGGCAUGCCUGUUCCUCCAUCAUUAAAAUCUGCCGGGAUUAUCCACACAUCAUCCUGGUACGUAUCCAUGGAUGAAGUUAAAUUUUCCUGACAUGUUUCAUGUGUUGUGGCAAUGGUUAGAUAUUUGUUCUGUCUCGUCCCCUCCAGCCUUGUUUUGAGAUGUUUUAUAACCACGUGAAGAAGAUGUUCGCCAGCGAAGCAGGCCUCACCCACAUGGAGAAAUGUUCGUUAAUGGAGGCUCUGGUGCUCAUCAGUAACCAGUUCAAAGACUUUGCAAAGCAAAAGGCCUUCCUGGACGAGCUGAUGGCCUCAGUGGUUGCAGACUGGACCUCAGAGGAGAUGAGACAGUGCGUUUGGAAAACAAGUUCAAAUUUUACGUCCUGUGAUUUCAUGUUAAAUCCUAUAAUAGACUGCUAUCUCCACUUUGUGUUUCAGUGUGCUUUUGGACCCUGCUUUGUUCCUCUCCUUUGUCGGGGCUGAUCAGGUGGUCACUGAUCAAAGUAAAGGUCUGGACUCAGCAGGUCUAAACAGGGGGCGGGUAAGUGUGUUUGUGUAAACUGAGGGGCUUGAUAAAGGCAGGAAAAACUGGUCCAAAACGGUCCUUUCACAAAGCUGACUUUAUUUGACAUUUCAACUUUUCUCUUUGGUUUCUAGAUAAGCUUCUGUUUGUAUGCCAUGUUGGGCGUGGUGAAGAAAGCUCGCUGGCCUGCAGACUUAGAGGAAGCCAAGGCUGGUGGCUUUGUGGUGGGCUACACCCCGACAGGAGCUCCCAUAUACAGAAACCCCUGCACUGCCCAGUUUCUGCUCUUACUGCCCAACCUGCUGGCUCUGAUCAGGUACACCCUCUCAGAACAGACACUCCACCUGCCAUUACUCCUCACUACAGAGUUCCUACACAGUUGGGAUUUCCAUACUUUUCCAGACCCUACUUUUUAGAAUUAUUUUUAGAAAUUCCAACUUUUCUAUUUUAGAAAAGAGUAUUUUAUAACUGUGGUAAUAUAGUCUGUUAACAUAAAUAUUUUUCCAUACUUUAUUUUUUAUUUACCAUACUUUUUAAGACCUGGAAAUUGAUCAAAUUACUUGCAUACUUUUCCAUACUUGCGUAGGAACCCUGUCACUAAAAUAUGGGUCUUCUUUGGCAAUGUUUAUCAUAUCAGGCAAUGACAUUUGUAUGUUGUAUAUAUUAAAUAAGAUAAUACAAGUCAAGACCUUGGAGUGACUCAGAAACCUUUGUGGCCUCAAAAGUGAAGCAAAUGCAGAAUUUGACUUGGAUCUGCAUUCUGUGUAAUGGCCAGCAGGGGGAGACUUCAUGUGAUACAAAUAGAAGUUCAUGGAAACCUACUUCGUUGAUUAUUACAUUAGGGAAUAUCAGAGUUUAUGGUCUCAAUAAGUAGUUUCAAGUAUUCUUUGGUGAAGAAUGAGGAUCAUUUUAUAAGUUCUGGACUACACAGCAGGGUAUGUUAAGAGCUACUUAUGAUUAAUCUGUGAUAGAUAGAAACAUAACUCUCUAUUCACCUAUUUUUCAUCAUAUUGCUGGUACAAACGGUUAUUCUGGUUCAGCAGUUUAACUUAAAUUUUAAGGUCGCACACAGAUGUUGCCCAAUAAUGUAAAAGGAUUUCUAGUCAGUCUAGCACUGCCAAGUUAUAACCUCCUUCUUUGAGCCUCUCACCAUUCCCUAUCUUUUCUUUUCAGGACCCACAACAGCCUUUUCCUGCCAGAGAACAUAGCACGUCUCAGCGAGACCUUCUCCAGGGCCCAUGAGGUGAUGGAUGCUGAGAAAAACGUGGUUCUCGGUAAGGGGGCCUCCUUCCUGCGGAUACCUUUUUUUGAAAUUCUGAGAAAUCCUCUGAAAUGCUGUAGCUAAUCCAUCUCACUACUUCCCCAGGUCUCUCGCAGCAUCUUCUGGAUGUUUAUGAUGCUCCUGUGUACAGAACCAACCUGGAGCGCAUGCAGGGGUUUUUCACCACAUUGUAUGACAACUGGUAAGAUAGAUGCUGUUGCAGUUUUUCCCAAACCCCACCCUCCGCUGCAAAUAAGACUAAACCUUCUCCUCUGUUGUCUCUGCAGCUUCCAUGUCCUCGGAAAUGCAGGUCCGUCUCUACAACAGGACUUCUACACCAUCGAGAGGCUGGCUGAAGAAAUAGCCGGCUCUGCUUUUGUGUCCCUGGAUCACGUGCCCGACCACAGACUUCGUCCCAUGAUUCAUAUCCUUGAAUUGUUUAUCAGUCCGUGCUUUUGCCUCGUGUUUAUUCCGGUGGUUCAUUCUUUUCAUAGAAUAAUUUAGAAGCUACUUCUCUCCAUGAGCUAAUCGUAGCUGUUCUGCCAAGAUUCAUUUCCUUUAACUCCACGGCACGUGUCUUUUUGAAGCAGCUUGUGAUAUCAUGUCCUCAGGAGUACUACAACAGUCUACUCCGCCCCCUCCUGGGCCCUUUGUUCACCUACAUGCUGCAGGUCAGGAGCUCCACAGCCCCCAUUCUGUCACACUUAUUAUGGAUCUCUCCAUUUCUUGCUCUUCACCCACUUCGUCUCAGUACUUUAAGUCUCACAGCCCUCUCUUUGUUUACUUACAGAGACUCAACAGCAAAUGGCAGGUCAUUAACCAGAGGACCUCAAUCAGGUAAGUGGGAGGACAGUGCCUGGACCUGUUUGGAUUUUUAUGAGUAUUUCAUUAGACAAGUGCCUGAAAAUUACAACAAGGCCAGAAAAUAUGUAGUUUAAAAAAAGGCAGCCUUCUCCAGUCCUCAACAAACAAAGGCUUUAGUCGGUUCAGCUGAGAGUUUAAAAGUGAUUUCUCUGACCUACUGCAUGUUCAGUACAUUGAUGGCUUUACUACAAAUGAGAUGAGUUGACAAGCUUUGUUUUGAUUUCUAGCGGCGAAGAUGAGGAGGAGGUGGUGGUCUGUCAUGACAGCCAGGUGACGCAAGAAAUGUUGGAGGAGCAGCUGGUGCGUCUGCUCACCAGGGAGGUGCUGGAUCUCCUCAGUAAGUUUCUAAAGCCUCUGACGCACUUCAGUACCAUAACAGGGCUGGAACAGAGUCCACUGCGUCCUAAAACAGCAUCAUGCUUAUUUAGUCGUUCAUAGACAAGAAUCAGACUGUUGGCAGAAGCAUGUCCAACUCUGCUACAGUAGUUGGCGACAUCCCUCCUUUCAACUCAUUACUAUCGGCAGAGUUGUUUUCGUUGACGAUGACAUUGACGAAAAUAUUUCGUCAACGAAAACAAAUAUUUCGUCAACGUCACAGUCAACGAAAACAACACUGCAGAAUAUAUGUUUAGCGUUUGACUGACAAAAAUGUUCAUGAGUUUUGCAACUUUGUUUGUCGUCCAUCACUAACGUUUUCGUCUCGUCACAUUUCAGUCAUCUAAGACUUAUGAUUAGCUCGUAAAUGUCAUGUCUUCGUUGUGAAAAAAAGGGGCGUCAACGAAAACAACACUGACUAUCGGGUCAUCUCAAUAUAUCAAAACAAUCGAUAAAGCAUGUUAGCUAAAGGCUGACAGGAUGUACACUGGAUGAUGAAAACACCACCUCUGUUACUUUUUAUUUGUACGUAAGGAAAGGUUGGUCUUUUCACAUCCUUUUUUGUCUGAUGAAGUUUUGUUUACUAUCUGGCUUCCAAGCAAUUAAUUCAUACUCUUCAACUUGUUAAACUGCUUAAACCUGAGUUGUUCUGGAGCUUUAAUGUAAUACUUCUCCUCUGUCUUCACUUCUAGCUGUGUGCUGCAUCUCUAGGAAAGUCCCUGAACCUGCAGCAAAUAAAGAGGAAGGAGAUGGUAAGCGUGAAAUUUCAACAAAAUGACUUCAAUACGAGGAUUUUGUUUGCCUUCAUUCUCACAGUUUUUUUUUUUUUGUUUGAAAUGUGCUCUCAAAGAGGAAGACAUGAUGAUGGAUUCAGUGCAGACGGUGUCUCCUGCUCAGCCCACAGAGGAGCUGACAGAGCUGGGGAAAAGCCUGAUGAAACAUGAGGUAAGUCGAAAAAACAUCACAGAACGUUUAAAAAGAAAGCAAAGGCUUCUUUAUUUGAGCUCGGUGUUUCUUCUGUUGUUUUCAGAAUAUCUACAUGACCCUUCUUACCCUCUCCUUCACCUCACUGUCAUGGAAGGACACCACAAACUGCCACCGGACCGCUUCCAUGGUCUGCUGGACCCUCCUGCAACAGGUAGAGCACUCAAUGCAAAAACUGUUCACUAUAAUCUGUGUGGUAUUUUGUGUCUGAUCACUCUUCAUAAAGAAAGGACUUUUUUAUUUUUCUUAUCGCCCAAAAGUCCAAAACCAACAGUGUAAAAAUCUACCCCUGAUGACGCUCUGAUUUCCCUCUGGUACCUAUAGUCUCUUUUUUAAAAGGCCUCAAUAAAUCCCUGAAACAUUUGUGCUUGUGGGUCUUAGUGAACGUCCCUUGGGUGAGGGUAAACAAUGGAUUUGUUUGUGACUGUACUUAGCUUUCAGCAUCACAGCUAUGUUUUAAAGUAGUUUUCUGAAGCCAGUGGGAAUCUGUCGCUGAGUUUAUCUCCUAAAAUAAGGUUUGUGGAAUCUAGACACCCACUUCACAUAUACUUCUUGAUAUGAUACACUUAAAAAAGGUAUUCUGCACCUGUAAUCUUAUUUAAAUCUUUCUGUGCAAGUAUUUGUAGCUCUCUGUAAUGGACUUUUAUGCCUUUUGAAUAACUCUGGCAAAUUUUUGACAGUUUUUCUUCAGAUUUGAAACCAAUAUAAAAACUUAGAGGUACUCAUAGUGCUGCUUUCUUUGCCAGUAACCUUAAUAAGUAAUACAAAAUAAUUCAAAGUUUUAAGACGCAGUCAACCACUUCUUGUGUCGGGCUUGAUCACAUAUGUAAUACUCGUGUGUGUGAGCUGAAAACCUGCUGGAAGAGUGUGCUUUAUAAACUGUAUUUCUUAAUAGUCCCAUCUAAAGCCCUCUGAAUUUUUCUCACGAGUUAAAAAAAAAACUUAACAUAUACAAAGGUAAAGUAAUUACAGUGGUAAAACAAUAAUAAAGGCUGCAAGAUAUGUCUGUCCAGAUUCUGUUUUCUGCUUAAAUGUACGACUAGACUUAAAUGUAUUUCUGAAUCUUUUCCCCCACAUCCCCACUGUCUCCUCAGGUUGUAGGGGGGAAUCUUCUUGCUGAGGCGGUCACAUGGUUCUACACCAGUGUUCUUCGAGGCCUCCAGGUUCACGGGCAGCAUGAGGUCUGCAAUUUGGCUCUUUGUCAGCUGGCGAUGCUCAUCUACGACAACCUGGUGAGGCUAGUCCCAAUAAUCUCUGAUAAUUAACUCUCUUAUCUUUGCAUAAUGUGGCUCUGUUUUCCUUUUAUGUCAUUUUUAAAUUUGAUAAAAACUAAAUUAUCCUCACUAUAAUCUAUCUUGAUAAUCAAAACCUUGAGAAGUUGUUUUGAUGUAUCCAGGAGUGAUCUCCUUAUUUGUCUGUCCGUCUUUCUCAGCGGCCUCGCUACACGGAGCUGAGAUCAGUGAUGGUGCAGAUCCCAAACAUCAAUGUUGAAGCUCUGGACCAGUACGAUCACAGGCUCAUGGACCCCAAUGCCCAGAAGGUCGCCCACAAGAAGAGGAAAGACCAGUUCAAGAAGCUCAUCGCAGGAACUGUUGGGGUAAUGCCACCUUUUGCCACUAGAGGGCAGCACUUUUCUGUUUUAUGUCACUGUGAGCAGCUCACCAGAAGUGACUAGAAAGACACUGGCCCAAUAAUGCAAGUCAUUACUCAGCAGUGUGGUUGUGGCUGUGCUGUAAAUCUUGUGAGCUCUGCAGAAAACAAAAGUGCAGCAGAUCUACAGGCCUGGACAACCUCAUGAAACUCAUUCUGGUCGGUCUUGGGCGGCUCUGUUUAACCUCCCUUCUCUCAACAGAAAGCUCUGUGCCAGCAGUUCAGGAAGGAGGUUCACAUCCGAAACCUUCCGUCGCUCUUUAAAAAGCAGAAGCCGGACAAGGAGGUGGCGGACAGUGAAGCACUGGGCCUGGCAGCUCUCUUCUCCCCGGAGAAUAACACCCUGUAGGAACACACACAACAGAUUUAAUGGACUUCAUACUUACUGAAGGCGUCAAAGCCAGACCUGAGAGUGACGGGUAGAACAGGGUUUCCCCUACAUUACCAAUCUUAGGAAGGGGCAAUGCAGUGCUACCUGGCAUAACUGUCAACACUCGUGGUUUUCAAUAAGUCAUCUUUCAUUUUAAACCUCAGUACCUCUCACACUCAAAAGAAUGUCCUUCUAGUUGGUUUAACUGGCAAGUAUACGCUCUUUCAAACCCCACUACUCACUUCUUCUUCAUUACCCCGUCAAAUAAGGUAAAGGAGUACGGAAAUAUUUAAGUUUAGUUAGCUUCUGUGUUGGAUUAGAGCCAAACUAAAUCAGCACCUACUUAAAGGGGUAACAUUUUUUCAUUGCUGAGCAUCUUCCCGCAGCAAGAUUUGUAGGGAUCAAACUGAGCUGCACCCUGAGGUUUGCUACGAAACAUAGUCUGAUGAGUUUUUUUUUUUUUUUUUCUUUUGAGGGGGACAAAACAAAAAGAAGUGCUUCUGUAGUCAUUAUCAUGAUGUAAAAAAGGAGAGAAGACUAUUAUGAAAAAUAUUGACUGUUUUCUUGGAUAUUUUUUUGUGGUUGAUGAAGACUGAUAGCAAGUUAUACCUCAGACAGUUAAAAGGAGGCAGGACUAUUUAUGUUAGACAAAACUGUAAAUGCAUGUACAGGAUCAGCUAAGAUGGAAAGAGUACUACUUUGUCCACAGAGGUUGCCAAAACCCACACCAAAUGUAAGUUUCUCAGUUACUGCUGCAACAAAGAAAAAGGCUUUUUUAAGCAAAUCCAGAAAAGGCGGUUACUGUAGGAGUGGCCUGUCGUGAAAGAGUGUGUGUUGUGUGGGUUUUGGAGAUGUUUGUGUGCCCAAUGUGUUUUUAUUAAUUUCAGAGGUUCACAUAGACAAAUGUUUUGUGACCACAGCGGCGCUGCUGUCGGGGCUGAUAUAUGCUAGAUCACAAACAAAAGGAAGACAAAAAUAUUGGACUUAUCUGUUGCUGCUCUUUUCUCAAUAUACCCAAUUUGUCUUUUUGUUUUCUUGAAUAGAAUUUCUGUUUCAGAGAGAAGUAUUAGAAGUACCUCAGGUGUGACAUGCCCUGUUGUCAGGGAAGCUUGAUCAUAUAUAAUUAUUUAAAGGAAAAGGGCAGUCGGACAGUUUUCAUCAUUGUGGAUUAAAUUUUGAAAAACAGUUGUCCACUUUGAAGGUAAAUACACAGUAUUUAAAGGCAAUUACGGUUUAUAUUUGCCUGUUUGCAUAUCAGCACUAUUUACACAUCCAAAGUUCUGUUUUGAAUGGCUUGUUUAAUGCAGAGCACACAUCAUACUACAACUAAAAAGCAACAUUUAGUGCCAAAACACUCAUAUCUCACUUUGUUUGAUAAAUGUAACCACAAAAAUGUCUGUGACAGGCAAAACCUAACAAACUGUAUGAGUUUGACACCAUUAACUUGUAGCUCAAACCAAGUCCUUGUUUUGUUUUAGGUGUACAGCUAUGAAGCUGUUGUAUUUUUUUGUGUCUUUUUAUGUGUUCGUACUGGUAUUGCCAGCAGUAAGAAAGCUGAACCAGCACUACAUUCCUUCGUUGUUCAAAGGAUUGUUUCUAAAUGUAAUUUGUUGGAUGUAUUUUACUCUUACUGAACUGUCACAUAGAGAGUACUUAUGUGUGUUUUGUAGAUUCAAACCAAAAUUAAAUGGGAAUUAUUUUGUCUUUGGUUGAACUGAAUAAAACUGCUCAAAAGGAAUCUGCAGUACAUUUUAAUAUCAAAUAUGGCCAUGAAUAGGAACAAUUAUAAAACUAUCAGUGAGUUUUUUUCCUGUCUUGAGAUUGUUGGAUCACACAUGGCCAUAAAAAAAUGCUUGUUCAACACUAAAUCACUGUACAAAGAGAAAAUAGUAUUUUGAGAAGUGUAGUGUGGUUUCUAUUUUGUUGUUUUUAAAUAAAUAUCUUAAUUUUGA